UGAAAAUGUAUUGAGGAAGCAUACGAAACUAAAGCCAAAAAUCUUAAAUCAAUGAACGCUUGAAAGUUGUUCAAUAUUUAAAUUACGCCUCAACUACCCUGAUCAUAUUUAUUUCCCGCAAUAUUCCAACAUGGCAGCCCCCAUAGAACAAGAACCGAAAACACCGACUUCUGGUAAAAUUCCGGACUUCCUCGACCCGUUGUCGCCAAAAUUUGAUCCUAGACGUGCGUUAUACGACAGUCAAACACCAAUACCUGUACCAGACGCAAAACAAUUCAAUAAUUUGGCUGAAUUUGAAAAUUAUCUAGAAGGAAAAGAUGCUAAAACUUAUCAGAAGAAAAAAGCUAAGCCCAAAGAGGAAUUACCAGGUAUUGUUGCUGUCAGAGCAGCUGCCCAGGCCAAAGAAGCAAUAAGAAAGGCUGCAAUUAUGGCAAAGAAUGCUGGUCCAAGUGAACGAUCUCAAACCCAAGAAAGAAGAAACAGAAGCACCACUGUUUUUACUAGGAUGGAAAAUUACAAGAAGGGACCGCUCAGUGUGCUGAGGAAGUGUGUUGAAGAACGUCUGCGUGUGAUUGUAGUGAUUCGAGCCGCUGUUGCUGUAAGAAGCCGAUGUAGAGGAUAUGUGAUUGGAUUUGAUAAACAUUUUAAUAUGGCAUUGAUGGAUGUAGAUGAAAAAUUUAUCCGACCAGUUCCUCAGAAAAUGAACAUGAAAUCUAAGAAGGCUACCAGCUCCCAAGAGAGUUUGCUUGCAGAAGAAACAGACAAGUUAUCAGUCAACUCAGAUGUCUCUAGAGGUUGUCAUGGAGAUAGAAACUCAGAAAUUAGACAGGCUGAUCUUAGAGAAGGUGAAAAAAAGAUUGAUUUACGAGAAAAAUUGAAAUUGUCUAAAGCCAGUGGCGGAAAAUAUUCUAGUACUAAAACGUCAGUGUCAACAGAGACUUCUAGUGGUAGAUCAAGUUACAAAGAAACUUUUAAUAGAAGUUUUGAUUCUAAAGACAUUCUAGAGAGGUCAAGGUCAAAAGAGGGAAGAAAAGAUGUAAAAGAAACUUCAGACAAGAGGUCAAGGUCAAAAGAGUUAAAAAGUUCAGGGUCAGGUUUUAAUAAAGAAGGAAUGUGUUCAAGAACUAAAGGAGUGCAAGAAAAUUUAAGUUCAGAUGAUUCUUCUGAUCAAAGGUCAUCUAAUAAAACAUUAGAAAGGUCAGAGGUCAAAAGGUCAAGAGAUUUUAAGGAUCAUUAUAGAAACUAUAUGUCAGAUAGUAAUGUUUUUGUAAAGAGACAGCAGGAGAAACUAAAAGACAAUGGUUCAAAAUCAGAUGGGGAGAGUAAACCAGUUUCCAGUGACAGACGAAAGAAAACUGGUGGGGAUUUAAAAAAACAUUUUCAGCCAUUUUGGCCGUUAUAUAAAAAAUGGACAGAAAAUCGUUGCUAUAGCGAGUAUGAAAUUGUUACAAGGCAUGUGAACCAAUUAUUUAUAAGGGGAGAUAAUGUUGUCAGUGUAUCUAUAGCUGAUUAUUAAGCUGAUUAUUUAUUGAAAAUAAUAAUUUAACACAGUUUUCUAAAUUUCUGGUCUAACCUGGUAUUGUAAAUGUAAUUAUUUGGGGAAUUAAUGGAAUCAUUUUUGGAUUGUUUAUAAAAAGAACUUGAAUAUCUCAGGAACAUUUUCUAUUAUUUAGUCAUUGUU